CUAGUGAAUUAUUAAACAGUAACAAUGAACAUAACAAUAUUAAUGAAUCAAAUACACUAAGCAAACAUAUAAUUGAUAAUCUAACUGAAGAUAAUAUUCAACAAUAUAAAGAUAGAAGUCCUUAUAAAGCAGAAUCAAUUGUAUCUGCCUAUACUUCUCUUUGUUGUUAUUUGUUUGAAGUCUCAACAAUUAAAAAUAGUGGACUAAAAGGUCAAAACAAAUAUAGAAAAUUUACUAGUCACUGUAUAUAUAUUUCUGCUGAUCUACCUAACAGUGAAUUUAAACCAAUUCAGGAUAUUCUAAAUUAUAUUAAUUUAUACUCAUCAAAUACAUAUGAAUACUUUUAUUUGCAAUUAACAAGAACUGCUCAGAAAAUUAAUAAUAGAGACUGGUUUAGUAUUACUAGAUUAGAAAAAAAUACUUUAGGUAGCAUGAUGAAAGAAAUUGCUUAUGCUUCAGAUAUUGAUAUUAAUGAUCAAAAAAUUACUAAUCAUUCAGACAAAAGAACUGCUAUUCAGCUUUUAUCUAAUCUUAAUGUUAAUAAGUACGAAAUAAUGCAAUUUUUAGACUAUCACUCUGUUAAUAGAUUACGCUCCUAUAAGGUUCCUAAUAAUGAUCAGCUACUUAAAAACUCUGCUUUAUUAAUUAGCACAAUUCAAGAAUCUCAUAUUAAUGAACAAGAAGUUUUUCAAGUUAUGCAACAAGAUUCUCAAUAUAUACAAGAAAAUUCUCAACAAACAAUUCCUAAAAAGAGAAAAUUAGGUAAUGCUAAUGAAGAAAUUAAAUUAAUGUUAAACAAACUAUUUUGCGUUCUAUUUCAAAAACUUCAAGACCAAACUCAAAAUAUCUCAGUAACAAAAGAUAGAACUACAAAUAUUUUUGAAUUUCAUAAUUCUGGAAAUAUUUAA